UGGGUCCAUAACAACCAAGACCACUGCAUUGUAUCUCCGGUACUGAAGUUUCCUAGUUCUGCGCAGAUUCAUUAAAAGACAAGUGACUGCUUAGAAAUAUACAUUUGAAAUUGGUGAUUCACAGAAACAUCUAAAAAAAACGUGAUAUAUUAAAUAAAAUGAAACUGGUGGCAUAUACAUAAGCUUAAACAUCAGUAACUCGCUUGAGGCUACGGACACUUGAUAAACAAGGAGGGAACACCAGAAUGGAAAAACCUUCUUCCAUCAACUGGUCCAGGAGGGGGUGGCCUGGUGUGCCUCAGAUCACCCAUGGCCACGGUGGAUGGUGGCCCAUAUCUAAGUGUGGCCAUGAUGGAUGGUGCACCACAUCUAAGUGUGGCUAUGGUGGAUGGUGGACCACACCUGACUAUGGCCAUGGUGGAUGGUGGACCACACUUGGUUCUGGCUAUAUUGGUUGGUGGACCACACCUGAAUGUGGUCAAAAUGGAUGGUGGGCCACACCUGACUAUGGCCAAGGUGGUUGGUGGACCACAUCUGACUGUGGCCAUAGUGGAUGGUGGAUCACAUAUGACUGUGGCCAUGAUGAAUGGUGGACCACACUUGGUUCUGGCUAUAUUGGUUGGUGGACCACACCUGAAUGUGGUCAAAAUGGAUGGUGGGCCACACCUGACUAUGGCCAAGGUGGUUGGUGGACCACAUCUGACUGUGGCCAUAGUGGAUGGUGGAUCACAUAUGACUGUGGCCAUGAUGAAUGGUGGACCACACUUGGUUCUGGCUAUAUUGGUUGGUGGACCACACCUGAAUGUGGUCAAAAUGGAUGGUGGGCCACACCUGACUAUGGCCAAGGUGGUUGGUGGACCACAUCUGACUGUGGCCAUAGUGGAUGGUGGACCACUUCUGACUAUGGCCAUGGUGGAUGGUGGACCACAUCUGACUGUGGCCACGAUGGAUGGUGGACCACAUCUGACUGUGGCCAUAGUGGAUGGUGGACCACAUAUGACUGUGGCCAUGAUGGAUGGUGGACCACAUCUGACUCUGGCCAUUGUGGAUGGUGGACCACAUAUGACUGUGGCCAUGAUGGAUGGUGGACCACACCUGACUCUGGCCAAAAUGGAUGGUGGACCACUUCUGACUAUGGCCAUGGUGAAUGGUGGACCACAUCUGACUGGCCACGAUGGAUGGUGGACAUCUGACUGUGGCCAUAGUGGAUGGUGGACCACAUAUGACUGUGGCCAUGAUGGAUGGUGGACCACAUCUGACUCUGGCCAUUGUGGAUGGUGGACCACAUAUGACUGUGGCCAUGAUGGAUGGUGGACCACACCUGACUCUGGCCAAAAUGGAUGGUGGACCACAUCUGACUGUGGCCAUGGUGGAUGGUGGACCACAUCUGACUGUGGCCACGAUGGAUGGUGGACCACAUCUGACUGUGGCCAUGGUGGAUGGUGGACCACAUCUGACUGUGGCCACGAUGGAUGGUGGACCACAUCUGACUGUGGCCAUGGUGGAUGGUGGACCACAUCUGACUGUGGCCACGAUGGAUGGUGGACCACACUUGGCUGUGACCAUAUUGGAUGGUGGACCACAUCUGACUGUGGCCACGAUGGAUGGUGGACCACAUCUGACUGUGGCCAUGGUGGAUGGUGGACCACAUAUGACUGUGGCCACGAUGGAUGGUGGACCACAUCUGACUGUGGCCAUGGUGGAUGGUGGACCACAUCUGACUGUGGCCACGAUGGAUGGUGGACCACAUCUGACUGUGGCCAUGGUGGAUGGUGGACCACAUCUGACUGUGGCCACGAUGGAUGGUGGAUGGUGGACCACAUCUGA